UGAUUGGCAGCCCGCUUCCCAAUGGCCUCGUGCGGCGAGGAUUGACGUCUCUACUGCCCAAUAGGAGCGUUUCCGUGGCGAGGCUGGGAAGACGGGCGGUGCUCUCCGUCACCGGGCGGGGGGAGAUGGCGGUGCGGCGGCAGCUGCGGCGAUUCUUUGAGGAGCCGCAGGUCUGCGGCACAAUCGUGGUAGAGCAGCCGCUCUCCCCCGAUCCUCCGCCGGCUCCUCCUCCGACGUCGGCCGCGGAGGUGCCGCGGUGCCACGAGCUGCGGUCGGAGGACUGCGCCGUGUUCCAGUGCCGCGGGUGCUGGGCGGUGCUUGGCGACUCGCUGCACCUGUGCGCGCUGGAGGAGCAGCGCCUCGGCCUCCUCGUCUGCCUCAGAGUCACCAGCGACGUGCUGUGCGAGGAGGCGCUGAUGGUCGGCCUGGAGGGAGCACUGAUGGGAUGUGCUUACAAUGCGCUGUCUUGUCGGUCGUGUGGCACAGCUGUGGGCUUUGUUCUUUAUUCUGCCUUCAGAGACCUGGCCCGUCUCCGAGGCUUCUUCUGUUUCUUCAAGAGCAGCAUCUUCUGUUAUCUCUUAAAAAGCAAAAUGAUAAUAGAAGCUUCUAAGGUGAAAUUUCCUGCUGUGACCCUAAAGGAUCAAAUGGAGAAACUGAAAGAAAACCUUGUGAUGGCCCACAUGCGCGUAGAAUUGCUGAUGAAGAAGAUGGAGCAAUUGAAACAGAAUAAUGUGGCAGAAAACAGAGCUCUGCAUCACAUGCAAUUGCCCUAACGCCACAAUGGUGAAUACCAAGAAAUAACAUGACAUUUUAAAGAAAUACUGGAGUUGUUGCUGCAGCUCUGCUGACUUUUGCCAUUUUGAUGAAAUAAGGCACUAGGUGGCUGAUCUGUCACUAUCUGCACGUAGAAAGAACUGACACUUCAGUGCAUCUCUUCAAUCUAAGGAGAACACCUGAAAAUCUAACCUACUGAAGAUGCGCACAUUAAAAUGAACAGCUUACUCAUGCAGCGUAUAAUUCUCUAAGACUGUAUUACUUUGGCUGUGAUUCUCCAUGGUGACUUCAGGGGGUAGAACAGUUUUUGCAACAAUCAAAUCGGGCCUCUAGACCCAUACAAAACAUGGUAUCAUAACGAUAAUUGAGAGGAAGCGUUGUAAUUUAGAGAUUCUUAAGGAGUUAUGAAGUUUUUGUUCUAUCUUUUCAUGCAGAUAGAAUAUUCAUGGCAGCUAGCUGUUUUUCAAGUGGUUCAUUAGCUACAUCUGGUAUGUGAGGCUUCUAAAUAGCCUCCUGAUGAAUUCAUUUAAAGAAUUUGCUUGUACGCGCGGCCUGCAAGACGAGCAAGUUAGCAUCUCCCAGAAGCUGCACAGUUGUGCUUGGUGAAUCUAUAUGGUGUAAAGCUAAUUGGAACAUAAGGUUAUGGAUUUCAAAUUGAGGUACAAUGCUUGCUUCUGCCAGAGUCAUCUGGAAACACAGUCACAUGGCUGCGUGGAUCCAAGUUCUGUCUGCUCCAUGAAGUUUAGUCUGUGAGCAGCUGCCUUCAAUAAAUUUGAGCCUUUUUUGAUUAAGA